AUGAAUCCUCAAACAACAACAACAACCAGCAAUACUAGUAGCAGUACUAUCUCUGCAAACAUUCCUAUGGUUACACAAGUCAUUACAAUUGAUGGAAUGGGUCAAAUCUCCCAAAUGAGUGCUUCUGAUUUUGAUGUUGUGCUAUUAAGUCAUGAGCAUGUUCAGCAAACUGCUCUUGCCCUAGCAUUAAUCUUUUCUCAAGAAGAGCCUCUCGCUAUUGGAACUGCAACAACUCCAAUGGCUUACUUUCCGUAUGCGUAUGGGUAUGUGAAAAGAUGUGCUGAAGGAGGCUUGUCUCACAUUGCUAUUGACAAAGCUUCGAACAUGGUUGUAGGAUUUCAUUUAUGUUCUGAUGCAGAUCAGUGGGUUGAACCUCAAUCUAACGAUGAGGGCAUUCUACUUCAUUUGCGUCUAUUAGAUGAUUUGCACGCCAAUUAUGAAGAAAGUCAACAACACAAUCAUUAUGGAAAAGGUACAGCUAGUAGUAGUGGCAAGAAAAUCUUUAAAAUAUGCUCAGCAGGAACUUAUUCAUUUGCUAGACGAGUUGGACUUGCAAAGAGAAUGUUUAAUGAGGCUCUACAAUUAGCAAAAGAAAAGAAGUACGAUUCCAUUAUGGUUGAAUGCACUGGUUUUGCUUCUCAAGCUCUGUACGCAAAAAUUGGUUUCAACGAAGUUGCACGUGUUAAUUACGAAGACUAUGAAGUGGUUGAUUAUUUACCAAACAAAGCCACUGGAGGAAACAUUGAAAGAAGAAGAAGGCCAUUUAAGACCAUUCCAAGCUCUGUUGGUACAUUCAUCAAUCUCAUGGUUAUGGAUCUCUAA